UUUGAGUAUUAUUUGAUAAAAUGGGUUUUUUCAUGAUUUAGACCUAAGUAGGGUCUUUUCCUAGUAACUGAUACACAUAGUUCAUACCCUAUCAAAAUGCUUAAGGGGCAUCAUGGUAAAUAUACCCUUCCUCGAACCAGAUAAGCUUCUCUUUACAGAAAAUCCUGAGGAUGCCAUUCCCACCAACCAUUUGAAAUAGAUGCAACUCAAAGAGAACGCAGUGCGGUGAAAAUCAUGGGAAUCUAUACGUGCGCAAGAACACCUCCUUUACCACUCCCACCUUCAGUAACCUCAACCAAGCGCGGAAUUCAAUCCCCAAGCCUUUCACCUAUACUAUCCAAUAACCAGUUCCACUUGAUACACAUUACUCCACUCUCAGCAACUUUGAAUUCUCCCAAAGGCUUCGGACCUACCCCCAAGAAAGUAAAAAAAUCCAAGAAAUCGAAGAAGAAUUAUGAAAGCGACGAAGAAGAAGAGGAAGAAGAAGAAGAAGAAGAAGAAGAAGAUGACAGAGAAGAAGGCGUAAUUCCAGAGGUAGUGACCAACCGGAUGAUAAGUAGAAUGGGAUUCUCUGUUGGAAUUCCACUUUUCAUUGGGCUGCUAUUCUUCCCUUUCUUCUACUAUCUCAAGGUUGGACUGAAGAUUGAUGUUCCCACUUGGGUACCCUUCAUUGUGUCGUUCAUCUUCUUCGGGACAGCCCUUCUGGGGGUCAGUUACGGAAUUGUGUCCGCCAGUUGGGACCCAAUGAGGGAGGGCUCACUCUUGGGUUGGAAUGAGGCUCAGAAGAAUUGGCCUGUUUUCUGGCAGUCAAUCUGGGGCGGAUCCAAAAAGAAAGAUUCAUCGAAAAGGUCAAAGCUACAACCUCUGAGUUUUGCAUAUCUUCACACAAGGAAAUAGCAGAAAUUGCUUGUUAAACAGAAAACUUUGAUUUGCCAGGGUGGUCUGGUCUAUUGUUGCGAAGCCUGGUAAAAGAGGUACGAUUCGUUUGGAUUAGUUGCAAAAUGCGCUUAAUUGGGUUUAAGUAGGGGGAAGGGGCAAGAGAACAGUGGCGAAAAAUAUAAAAGGUGACCACCCUUCUGGGCCUGCGUCGUCAUGGUUUAUAGCAAAAGCCCAACGAUUGAUCCAUCCGACGUGUUAUUAGGCCUUGUUUGCGUCCGGAGACUAGGCAGAUGAGUUAGUUUAUAUAUUUGCAUUCAUUUAUAUUUUUAAACUUUGUGAUGAUCCUACACGUGCUAAUUCAAAUAGUUAAUGGACCUUUGGGUAUUUUUGGAUUCUUUAUCUUCUAGGCUUUAGUUCAUCUUGUUGGGAGACUGAGCAUAGCAAAGUCCUUUGGCCCACAAGAAAUUAGACUCCAAUAGGUUUUAGAGUUUUUUGAAAGAAGUAAUCAUAUUCCCAUAGUUCAAUUAGAAACAA